UAUCUUGGGAUUACUGGAUAUAAUAGUAUAGGAUAUGUGAGUUGUAUAAUAAUGCUGUAUUGGAUGUGUCAAAAAUAAUGAAUUUACAAUGGAUUGACGAUUCCAGGACUUGUGUAUACAUCGUGGACUUAUUGAAUUAGGUUUGAAUUCAGAUUCCAUAUUAGGCCCUAAUGGGGAAAAUCUCCGGUCGUUAGUUUCCAAAUUGAAGACGCGAUGUUUUGUAACGACUACAUGUAUGUGUUAUUGACUUGUUUAGAAUAUCAAAAUGAUUACGAAUGUGUAUAUGCCUAAAGUUUGUGACGUCAUAUCAAAAUCAUUAUAAAUAUAUUAACAUUUGAUAAUGACAAUGAAUAAUGUGCUUUUAAUUUGAAUGAAAACAAACUAAAGAAAUUAUAUCCGCUAUGGAGUUUGAGUGUUCAGAAUUAUUUGCGGUGAUAGCUGAGAAAUCACCCGAUACUCCCAAUCUAAGUCUACACAUCAUAAGAAAUGGAUUAGAUGUUAAUCUGCGGAGUUUGAAGGGAGGAAAUUUUCUCCAUCAUAUUGCCACUAGCUACGAAAGAGAGGGCGAUGCAAUGACAUUAGUACCAAUUGUGUUUCAACUAUCGAAUGCCGGGAUUCGAGCCAAUAUCCAGGAUACCGAGGGAGCUACAGCGCUUCACAUAUCAGCGACUAGGUUUGGAGGUCAUCAACUUGUGAAAUCACUACUAAUGAUCGGAGUAGAUCCCAACAUUCGGAACUCCUCGGGAAAAACAGCUUUGGAGCUUGCAAAGGAUUGUGAUCCAUAUAGCUUCAAGACGAUAAAGGUUUAUCAACAGGGUAUUUGGAAAGCUGUUAUAGAAAGAUCUACCGAAUCUAUUAUGAUCUUGAUUGGGUCCUGGUGUAAGACUGACGAUGAACGCAACGGCAAGAAACUGAUGGAUGUAUGUAGUCUAGUUUGUGAUGAGGAAACUCAGGACCUACUCCGUAACAGUGUCCCUGUGUACAGACUGGCACACGCGGUUUUGGCCAAGGACAAGAAACUUGUAAGGAAGAUUCUCAAAUCGAACAAAACUUUAGAUGUGAAUAUGAAAAACAUGACACACAUCGACCCGUAUGGACGGCAAGUAGCACUUCCGUUGCUUGGUGAGGCUGUCUUCCUGUACAUGCGCAGUAUGAUACAGAAGUUGAUUAACUAUGGAGCCGAUGUCAAUGAAACGGUGGAUGACACAGAGUCCUCUGAGCCCCUGUUUUUGUUUCUAAUGAGAACAUUGCCGUCGACUACAAAUGCCUUUGAGAUUUUGGAAAUCAUUUUAGAAAAUGCUGAUGAUAAAUUUAUAAGAUCAUCUUCCUCGGAAAUUCUCAACAUUAUUAGUGAUAAAGAUUAUCCAUCAUUUCUUAUUGACCUUUUGACCUCUAAAGGACUACAGUUCUUCGAACGAGACCAGGAUGGACGUUCCUUAACAGAUCUGAUCUAUCUAGAAAAUGUCGAUGCUGAUCCACAAUUUCUUCGGACCCGUAUGGCAUUUGUCAACCAGCUUAUCAUCGACCGGGCGCUGGAGGGGGAUGUACAAUUCUUGGAAAAGCUUGCAAAUGACUCCUAUGACCUUAGAUCGGUGGAAGACAAAAACGGAAAAGACCUGAUUAGUAUCAUCAUGGAAGACGGUAAAAAUGCACAUAUGGUCGACAUCUUGGGAUAUCUUCUCGAGUAUCAGUGCGUUAUAAGAAAGCUGCAUCAUGCUGUUACAAUCGGCAACCUUGCAAAGCUGAAAGAGGAUAUUACACCCAAGUUAUCGGUAUGUCGUGACAUGGGAGGGCGUGGUCUACUUCACAAAGCAGUCAUGUUUGAGCGGAAAUACGUCAUCUCCUACUUGUUAAAAGAGUUUCCGGCCACCAUGAAGAUUCGUGAUAAUUGCCACAGAACUCCGCUUCACUGGGCUGCUUGUCUGAAGGAACCGGAAGUGGAGAAAGUUCUCGUGCAUCUUGGCGCUGAUGUCAAGGCCGUAGAUAAGGAUGGAAAGACUCCAGCAGCUUACAGGAAGGAGUCAGAUGUUAUGUACAAGUCGAUGGUGACCGAGCGUAAUACAGACCAUGGCCUGGACGUUUACUUACUCAAGAUUUAUCAGGAAAUGUCAAAAGCCAUAACAUCUGGAGACCUUCCGAGUGUCAAGAACAUUCGGAAGUUCAUGUUUAGUGACGUCACAUUGGAUGAAGUGCCAAACAAAAUGCACCAAGUCGAGGCUCCAUAUAGAGAUCUUGUCUCCCUAUGUGUUGACAAUAAUGAGGAUAUGAUUGGAGAAUAUUUGCUGGAGGAAGGUGCUUCCUGGGAUAUCAAGUACUCAGAUGGUACUAUGAAAAUUCCCUUACUUGAUGUCGUCACGGAGAAAGGGCUUCAUCUAAUGGCGGACUGGAUUAAACGGACUUUGGAAAAGCCAAAACACGAAUCGCCGAAGAUUUCGGCGAGACGGGCGUCUAUAAAACCUCAAAAAUUGGGAACGUCAACUGAUGACGCCAUGAAUGAAGUGCAAUCUACAUCCCGGAAGUCAAGUGUCGCGGCGGGAAGUGUCAGUGAAAUCCCACCGAAGAGCUGCUCUUGUGAUAUAUUGUGAUUACUGUUUGGUGUGUUGGAUUAUGACUUUAAGUGGCUGAUGUGUACAGUUACAUGGAUGAUGGAAUGUCCACAGAUUACAGAGUGGUCCCCCGAUCUUUCAGUUACACCAAUCAUUCUGAGACAUAUUUUAUAUCCCGGGGAAACCGUAGUUAACCGGGCAAUUUCCAAUUGCGUUUCGUUUUUCCUUUCAGUUUCUUCCGCUAAUUAUAUCAACCAAAACUAGUAUAUUCUAGCAUCAGUAACUAUAUUUUUUCUAAAAGAGUAUUAAACGCAAAAUAGUGUUCAUUGUCUAAACCAAAUACCUUUAUUACGUACAAGGACAAAUUCGACAGGAGCGAUUCCUUGUGUUGUGGCACCAAUGACGGUCAUAAUGAACGGCAAAUACAAUAUAGGAAAGGGACUAAGACAUUCCGAACGAAAGUCCGAAAAUUUUAUUUAGGGCAACACAAAGUGUCUAUACAUACAUUAUUUCGAGCACCACAUACAUACAUUAUUUAGGACAACACAAAGUGUCCAUACAUGCAUUGUAUCAUUAGACAGAGGAUAUGUUGAACUUCCGGAUAAGGAAAAAUAGAGACGAAAUAACCAUAUGAUUUUAUGAUCAUUUUUAUGCAUUAGUUCACAAACAUUAUAUUGCUUGAAAUGUUCGAACGUGUUGUCCAAAUAUACAUGGAUUUCGUAUAUUUAAUCAUAUAUUCGUCUGAUUUAGCUUUAAGGAGUUAAUGAAUGCUGUAAUAUUGACCAUUUUACCUGUUUCUUCAUAGCUUUUUAUCGUAACAUCUCUUUGUCCAAUUCUACAGUAGUUUAGUUUGUUACUAAAAUUACCAAAAGGAUUUGGUUAAGAAAUAAAAAAAUUAUCAAAC